GAGAGGAGAGAGAAAAAGCUUUGCGUUUCUCUCUCUUGGCCCAGCCAUGUCGCCCCCGCCCCGGCGGCCGCGGCCGGCGCCGCCGGCGAGCCUGCGCAGCUUCCUGGAUGCGCACUUCGCCUCCCCCGAGGACCUCGCCUCCGCGCCGGCGCUCGCCGAGCUUCUGCGCCGCGAGUGCGUGGGGCUCGAGGCCUCCCUCGGCCGCCUCGAGGCGCAGCUCGCGUCCGCAUCCGCCUCCUGGCUCGCGCGCUCCGCCGGGGCUCGCUCCUCCCUCCGCCGUAUCCGCUCCCGAGGCAUGGGAAUCGAAGCGGAGGAUGGUGGCGAGGAGGCACUGGGGAGCGCGGAGCUGCCGGCGCUCGUGCAGGAGAUCCAUCGCAUCGACGCCAUUCGACACUACGCCGAAGCUGCUCUACAGUUGGAAGCUUUUGUUGGUAAUCUAGAAGAUGCAACAUUUUCCAUCGUUAGACAGGCCUCAAAGUUGAACCUGUCCUCAAUAUUUAGGCCAGCAUCUAAUGAAAUGGAAUGGAAGCAAGAAAAGUUGCUCCAGGCUGUUGCUGCCAUGAGGGAUAUUGAACAAGAGUUGCUACGGAUUAGCACAAUUAGGCCACAGUGGACCAAUCUUAUCAUGGCUGUUGAUUCUAGAGUGGACAGAACCCUAGUCAUUUUGAGGCCUAAAGCACUAACUGAUUACCGAGCUCUACUUGCAUCGCUUGGCUGGCCACCUUCCUUGUCUUCACCAGAUGCAGAGAAGGAUAAGUACUCUCAAAUUCCAAAUCCCCUUGUCUUAAUGAAUGAGGCAAAUAAAGAGAAGUAUUCGCAAAGCUUUCUAGCACUGUGUGCUCUGCAACAUGCGCAAGCCAACCGUGAAGCACGUCAAUACCGAACAACAGGAGCAACUCCUAGCCUGUCAGAUUCAAAAUACUCUGAUAAAACCGCACACUUUGAUAAUGGACUUUGGGCAAUUGAUGAGUUGGUUCAACCUAUUGCCUCCAGGUUGGAAUAUCAUUUUGCUAAAUGGUCUGAACAACCAGAGUUCAUUUUUGCCCUUGUUUAUAAAAUAGCAAGAGAUUUUAUGAGUGGUGUGGAUGAUAUAUUGCAGCCUUUGAUUGAUCAAGCGAGACUUGUGGGCUUAAGUGCAAAAGAAUCUUGGGUAACUGGAAUGGUGAAAAUGCUUUUAGGAUACCUUGAAAGGCAAAUUUUCCCAGUCCUUGUCACCUCUUAUCAGACUACUGAUGACAAACUUGAAGUGCAUUCCUCAUGGAUGCACUUGAAUGACCUGAUGAUAACUUUUGAUAAAAGAAUGCAGUUGCUUGCAGAUUCAGGGAUUCAGAAGAUAUCAUCAAUUUCUGAAGGCCUGUCCAGGUCCUUGUCUGUCUUUUCCAUAUAUAGUGACCAUUCUGACUGGCUUCACAUGUGGGCUGGUGUAGAGCUUAAUUCUGCACAACAUAAGCUCAAAUCUGAGAUGGAGGAUGAAACAAAUUGGUCAUACAGUAUUAAAGAGCUUGGUCACCAAGAUAUCACUAGUAAUUUUCUUCUGUCUACAAGAGAAGAUUACAAAGCACCACCAGUCUCUGAAUUUGUGGUCAAAACUGCAUCUGCCAUGAUUGAAAGAGGCCAUGCUCUGCCAAAUAGGAUUUUAAGAAUUCAGUAUCACAGAUCCUCUUCAGUCCAGUUCCUGAAUGGUUUCUUUCUUCUCUUACGUGAACGAUGUGAAGCCUUACAACUGACAAAUACAGCGUUAGAAGAUGGUUCUUUACAGAAAGCUUCUUUUGCAAUCAAUGCUGCUCGAUAUUGUGAAUAUGUUCUUCGGGAAUGGGAUGACGAAAUUGUUUUCCUGGAGAUGGGUUCCCACGGGAACCAUGAUGGUGAGAGCCAGGAACAAGGCAACAAACACAGUACCCAACAUACAUGUUCUUUCUUUUCAGACGAAAUUGCCUUCUUAGCUAAAUUGGGGACUGAUUAUCUGGAACAGAUCAUGUCUUCCAUUCUACUUGAGUUUGAAGAUCUAUCCUGGGACUAUGUCCAAAGCAUUGGGUUGUCCAAUGACCAGAUCCAUCCAGUUGAUGAGGUCUUGGAUGAGGAAAAUCUAGGAGUAUCUCCUGGAUUUGUUGCCAGUCUAGAAGUUCUGAGAGACAGAACCACCAAACUGAUGCUACAUCUUAAUUCCAAAGAUUUCCUUGAUCUGUGGAGGAGUAUAGCAGAGGGCCUCGACUAUUUCAUGUACAGCAGCAUACGGUGGGGUGAAAUAAAAUUCUCUGACCAAGGAGUUAUACGGCUUAGAGUCGAUACAAGAUCCCUUCUCCACAUUUUUAGGCCCUUCUGUUUAAGACCUGAAGCAUUUUUCCCGUUCAUAAGUGAUUCCCUGAAAUUGUUAGACAUGAGAAAGACUGAUGCACAAUACUUGUUGGAAGUGCUUAAGAAUGCCAGGGAGAGCGACAGCUGCCUGAGGCAACAAGGAUUGCAGCAUGUAAAUGGUAGCCAAGCUGUGAAAAUAUUAGGAAGCAAGAGGUCUGGUGGAUAAUCUUCUUACCGUAGAGGACCUGCUGAGACAAUCAGAAUAUGGUUUUGCCUGCCAUGCUGCUGAGGUGGGCUUCUCCAUGUCACUGUGAUGACGGCGCUGCUUAUGGUCUCUGCCUGUCCUCCUUCCAGGAAGCAUCUGCUCUGCCUUCUGAGAACUUUAGCAACGUGGUGACUGGUGACCAGCAGCAAUUCCUGCUCGCAGAAAGAGAUGAGAAAUGAAGGCACAGCAAUUGAUAAUACACCUGUUGGCACCCAGGCCAGGACAGGACAGCAAAACAGUUUGCGUUUCAAGAUUGAUAAUAUCUAGCGUUCGCAGCAGCUUCGCGUUGACACAAAUUUUGGCAUGAACUGUACUAAACUUUCAGACUUUCUUCAGGUUGGUGAGACAUCAGAGCUACGAGUCUUGUACGACAAAUUGGAGAUGGCCACUCGCUAAGUCCGCUGCCGCCGCACCCUGUUUAUCCAUGCUUUGACCGACUAGAUCGUGAUCAACCCAAAUACAUCAUGAUGCAUACAAAGCUUCAUUAGCAGAUGUAGCAACCAAGUAUUCAAGAUUUGGUCUGCUUGAGAUUCUCUGGUUAAUCCAUAGUCAAUGCCACCGCCUUGCAGAAUAUGAUUUAUGUCGCCCAGCUCAUGUAUGUCGUGUUAAUCCUGAUCCGUACCAUGGAAAACAGAUUUAUAAUCUUGUUCUAUACCUGGUCGCUAGUUGCAUGUAUAUAAAUAAAUAAAACCGUCAGAUCGCUCUCAUUUGACUGCAAUUAUUUGACGCAGCGAAGAUACGAUGAUCCGUGCGUACAGGACUUGCAGAUGCCAAUCUGUGAAACCCUUCAGCCAUUCAGCACAAAAGAAGUCAAUCCAGUUUGGCUAAAAAAAUGUUUUUUUAAUUAAACCAGUGGAUCAGUGCCUGCCCAUAAUGUCCUAGGCUUGCUUCCAUUACUCAUACUUGGAGAAGAGACCUACCUAAAAGAAAAUAUCAAUUGGAAACAUGUGCUGAUCAGGUCAAGAAAGAUGAGCAGGAGCUCAUAUCAAUGCACAUGUACCUCUGACUAUGAGAUUGCAGAAAUGCAGGUUUUUCGUUUUCGCGAACAUAAGAAUUAAGAAUGCAGGUUAUUGAUAAUAUAUUUUAUCACUUGUGAGAUUAAAAUGGCCUGAAUUCUGUAUUCUACGGUCAAAGCCCAACAAUCUGCUGAUGGGAGCAGUAUCUAUCAGUUUGAAACUGUCAAAACUCAAAAGCGAUCCUCUCUGGAAGUC